AUGCCUAGUUACGAAAUGGCUAUGAUAAUACGGGCUAUGCCCAAAGUUGAACUUAAAAAUGCUCUUAUGAGAAUAUCUAACGGAAUAUUUGAUAGAGGUGGUAUUAUACGAAAAAUUGAAAACUUAGGAUAUCGACCACUGCCGUACAAAACAAGUGCUCAUGGCCUGGUGCAUAAAGAAGCAAAUUUUUUUGUUUUUAAAAUUGAUACCGCAACCACUGUGGUUUCUGAUUUGAAAGAAGAGUAUAGUCGGGAUGUAGAUGUAGUCAGACAACGUGUUUUCAAAGUAAAUGAGGAUUCGGAUCAUGUAUGUACUUUGGAAACGGAAUUAUUGCCGCCAGCAUAUCGCGAAGAAGUUCAGAAAAUGAUCAAAAUGGGAAAGUCACAAGUGAAUCGAUUUAGAUACAAAUUCUCUUAUAACUCAGGUUUGGAUUACUAUCCUUUCCAAAAGUAA